GGUUUUUUCCGUAGGACCAUUCAGAAGAACCUCCACCCCGCCUACUCCUGUAAGUACGAUGGCUGCUGCAUCAUCGACAAGAUCACCCGCAACCAGUGUCAGCUGUGCCGCUUCAAGAAGUGCAUCGCCGUGGGCAUGGCCAUGGACUUGGUGUUGGACGACUCCAAGCGGGUGGCUAAACGGCGUCUGAUUGAGGAGAACAGGGAGAAACGAAAAAAGGAGGAGAUCGUGAAAUCCCUCCAGACCCGUCCAGAACCCACUGUGGACGAGUGGGACCUGAUCCGCCUGGUGACGGACGCCCACCGGCACACCAACGCUCAGGGCUCACAGUGGAAACAGAAGCGUAAAUUCCUGCCAGAUAAAAUCGGCCAGUCUCCGAUUGCUCCUACGUCAGACGGAGACAAGGUGGACCUGGAGGCCUUCAGCGAAUUCACCAAGAUCAUCACCCCUGCCAUCACCCGUGUCGUCGACUUUGCCAAAAAACUGCCCAUGUUCUCCGAGGUGAGUGCAGGUGAACUGUUUAUUAGGAGAAAACAACUGAAAGUAGUGCCAGACUUCUGUCAGUGUGUGUGUGUGUGUGUGCAAACACGUAAUGACGGCUCGUCUCGGCUGCUUGUAAUGAGACUCGGUGUGAAUGGUUGCUCUGGUUUGGUGGUGAAUCCUUUUAUGUUUGGUUUUCCCUCGUUUACCCUUUGCUCCGCCCCCCUCCCCCCCACAGACCGCUCCGGCCUGACCUGCAUGGACAAGAUCGAGAAGUGCCAGGAGACCUACCUGCUGGCCUUCGAGCACUACAUCAACUACCGCAAGCACAACAUUCCCCACUUCUGGCCCAAGCUCCUGAUGAAGGUGACGGACCUGCGCAUGAUCGGGGCGUGCCACGCCAGCCGCUUCCUUCACAUGAAGGUGGAGUGUCCCAACGAACUCUUYCCCCCGCUCUUCCUCGAGGUCUUCGAGGACCAGGAGGUGUGACGAGAAACGAUAAGAAGAAGAAGAAUGGAGGAAGCUUGGGCCGAGCCGCGGAGUCUGGAGGGAGAGCCUCGUCGGCAGGAAUCUGCGUUCACCGUUUGUGGUUUCAAAACUGGAACGGACCGAGAGGAAGAACACACCAGCAACAGGAGGGAGGAGACAAGGAUUUAGUUUUUUUUUUUUUUUUGUGAACACCCUCUGCUCCGCCUCUUUCUCCUCCUGAUACCCACUCCUGUUUAAAUAUCUGUGUGGGGGCCCUUCUGUCUAAGCAUGAUGUCUUAUCCAGUAAGAGUUGUAGCCAUUCGCCAAGACACACACACACACACACACACACACACAAAGCCUCAGCUUGUUUCACCUCACGUCUUCAGGGCAGCGCUCUUGGUUUUGUUGCAGUGGUCAGACGAGUUUGAACCCCCCCACGUCUCCGUCACCUCUCAGUAUUUUCCKUCUGAAUAAGUGUUAAAGCGGUCGCUCGCACGAGGUGGACGGCGUCGUCUCUCGCGGUCCUGUGGGCGAUCACCGGACGCUUCGGGGGCCGAGGUUUUCAGCAAACACRCAUUUCUCUCUGGUUCGCCGUGGGCCAACGGAGCAAAGCUGUCAGUUACUCCACUCAAUCUGAGCCGUUACUGUUCUCGUCUCCUGGAGCUGCUGCUUCUUCUCAGAUCCACUCAAACAGGUGCUAUUAAAACUUAAAAACAAACCAAGCUACUCCGGUUUGAUCAAACUGUGCUGUCUGCCUUUAAGAAGCGUGCAGACCGCGGCUCAAAAUCUACCUUCAGUUUUUGUCAUUGGACCGGCUCCUGUGACACACACACACAUUUACACACACACACACAUGCGGACUUGCCUGUGCUGCUUGCACCAGCAGCCUGCCGUUCUGUGAAUGACAAAGAAGCUCUUCUGUCUCCGAGGAGUUAGAUCAACGAAGGAA